AUGGUUGUCAAAGAAUAUGUGACCUAUAACCAGGUCCACAAACUCUGUCAAGAAGCCGCACCACGCAUUCUCGAAGACUUCCAACCUCAACUUAUGAUCGCUAUUGGCGGUGGUGGAUAUGUCCCCGCGCGUAUUCUGCGAUCGUUUUUGAAACAACCCGGAAGUCCCAACAUUCCAAUUCAAGCUAUUGGUCUUUCGCUAUACGAACAGCUACCUCCUACACACCCCUCGGCUUCAAAUACUCCAGGGGAGGUUGAGCAAGUGGGCACAAAGGUUACGAGAACUCAAUGGCUAGAUUUGAACAGCUUGGGUAACAUGGAGAAUUUGGUUGGAAAGAGAAUUCUGAUCGUCGAUGAAGUUGAUGAUACCCGAACCACUUUGGAGUAUGCCGUUAAGGAGUUGGAGAAGGAUGUUGAGCUUGCCAGACAAAAGUUGGGAGGUCAAGGAGAAAAGACUGUCUUCUCUAUCUUUGUUUUACAUAACAAGAACAAGGAAAAGAAGGGUACGCUUCCUGAGGAUAUGUUGAAGGAUGAUAGAUAUCUCGCUGCAAGAACUGUUGAGGAUGUAUGGAUUUGUUAUCCAUGGGAGGCCCAGGAUAUUGAAGAACACGAUGAAAUGGCUCGCAAACAACCUUCACAAUAG